CGCAGAAUACCGGCGUGUGCGUGUUUUGUCCUUCAGUGCACGCGACCUCUCCUCGGUUGUCCCCGGUCAGCUCGUGGCACUUUUUUCUUUUUUUUUUCAGAUUGUCGGUUUUAGCGAAACGUUAACGGCAACUCUAACAACAGGGUCGUUUAACCGUUUAUGUUUAAUAACGGCUUUUAACGGUCGUUGCUAAACGGACGCUGUGUUAUCCGUGCGUGUCUGUGUGUGGGGCCGCACGCGCUCUCUCUCUCUCUCUCUCUCUCUCUCUCUCUCUGUCACACGCUCACCGCACAUCACCGCACAUCACCCGCUAACGUUACUACCAGAACACGCGCUCACACCGCAAACACACGCACACACACCGUGUGACACACAGCUGGUUAGCUAGCUAGCUAACGUUGCCGCUUCUGUCUAACUGGCGGCGUUGUCGUGUGUGUUUUUAAUUAUUUUUAAAGUUUUUUUUUUCUCCCCGCACUGUUAUGUGUAGACGCGGUUCUCGUUGAAGUAACGGAUUAUCUGCGUCCGUCCUCGGCUGACCGGGAGCCGCCAUGGAAUGCCGUGUUCUGUCCAUACAGAGCCAUGUAGUCCGGGGAUACGUGGGCAACAAGAGCGCCUCUUUCCCGUUACAGGUUUUAGGGUUUGAGGUGGACUCCAUCAACUCUGUCCAGUUCUCCAACCAUACAGGUUACUCUCAUUGGAAAGGCCAGGUGUUGACGGCAGAUGAACUCCAUGUUCUUUAUGAAGGAAUCAAACUGAACAACGUGCACCAGUAUGAUUAUGUUUUAACAGGGUAUACCAGAGAUACAUCCUUCUUGGAGAUGGUAGUGGACAUUGUUCAGGAACUAAAGAGAGCCAACCCUAAUCUGGUGUAUGUAUGUGACCCCGUCCUCGGCGAUCAUGGAUCUAUGUACGUUCCUCAGAAUCUUUAUCCGGUCUACAAGAACAAGGUGGUUCCUGUUGCCGACAUUAUUACUCCUAACCAGUUUGAGGCUGAAUUAUUGACAGGAAAAAACAUCAGCACAGAGAAAGAUGCUGUAGAGGUUAUGGACCUUCUCCAUGCUAUGGGCCCAGACACAGUGGUCAUCACUUCCUCUGAUCUGCCCUCCAGACUGGGAGACCGCUUCCUUGUGUCGCUGGGAAGCCAGCGCCAUGUUCGCCCCGAUGGCAGCAGGACGACGCAGAGAGUUCGAAUAGAAGUUCCUAAAGUGGACGCCGUCUUUGUAGGAACUGGAGAUUUGUUUGCUGCAAUGCUGCUAGCGUGGACACACCACUAUCCCAAUGAUCUAAAGAUGGCCUGUGAGAAGACAUUUUCAGUGAUGCACCAUGUUAUCCAGAGGACCAUUUCGUAUGCUCACGAGUUAGCAGGUCCUGGUCGGAGGCCCAGUCCGCCCCAGCUUGAGCUGAGGAUGGUUCAAAGUAAAGCUGACAUAGAAGACCCUGCUAUAGUUACGGAGGCCACAGUCAUAUCCUAACAUUACCCACCCAUAAGACUCAUACUAACCUUGUCCUCUUCACCUAUAAAUCUCUCAAAUCCAGUAACUCGGUAAAUCUCUCACAACUGUAAACCGUGACUUCAACAACUCAUCAUCCAGACUCCUUAAACCCCCUUAGUAUUGUAAACCCUUUAGUCCGUUUACCCUGAACCUUUGAUCCGUUAAAGUCCUCAGUGUCCUGACCCCUUAACCUGUAACUCCUACACCCUUUACCCAAACCCUGUUUUAGAAAUAGAGCCAUGGAUAGACUGAAUGUUUGAUCAGGUUGGACCAAACAGGUCACACAGCUAAGGUUUACAAGAUACAACUUAGUUCCACUAGCAUAACACAUUAUAUGCCAAAUCUAAAGGUUAAAAAACAAACUAAGACAAAAUAUGAGGGUAACUGAAAACACAUUCAGGGUUUAUAGUCAUCAGCAUGGCAGAGAAAUUGUUUUGGGGCUGUUAAAGUCAGACUUGGGAAAAGGUGAUGUUAUUUGUUAUAGCAUAACUUAGAGCAGGUUUUUGUUCUUGGAGAAACACUAGGGGACUAGAGAAGGUCUAACCUUUUUAGAUAAAGACACAUCACACGUCGCUGAAAAGCAGUUUUUUGCUUCCGUCUUUGGGCUACCCACCCAACAGUGAUGUCACUGUGUACUGACACACGCAGGAGUACAGAUCCACAUCACUGCAGUGAGGUGAGAAAUCAAACCACUGUAAGUCAGCAAAAAAAUGGUUUUGUUAUAUGGCACUAAGACACCAAAGCCACAAAAUCUAAGUUCUGAUAUAGCAACAUGCAGUAUGUCCCCCUCCCAAAAAUGUCUGCUGAAUUAUCUCCAAAACUCUACCUCUAAAAUAUUAAAUAUAAACUUGCCUACCUUAUUGCUCUAUUACUGCCACUCCACUCAAAUGACUUAGAGUUGCACUCAUGUGGUCGGUCCUCCACACCACUUGCCAAGUAGCAGGAUUGCAGCACUAACAUUGGUGGUACUGUAAAACUAUACUGAUCAAACACUGUAUAUCUAUGGCUCUGCCCUCCCUUAUUUCAACCCCUCCCCAUCUUACAGCAGUGAUGUAAUGGUGACCAAGUCUAACCCCUGAGACCCCUUGAAAAUAUAACAAAGGAAAAAAAAACGCACAAUGUAUAGUUGAUGUAUAGAUGUUGUACUAUAACUGUAUUGGACCAUCUGUAUGAUAUCUUCUAUCUGAUCUGUCUCUUGGACCAUUGUGUUGAUGCUACUGUACUAUAGACCACAUGCACUACAAUAUCACCCAAACCAGAGACAUUUGGGCUGGUUCUGGCACUCCUGGAGGCUCCAGUGGCUCCAGUCGUUGUCACAUGUUAGUAAUAGCUAACUGUCAAAUAGUCAUGUAGUUUAACCUCUUUCAUCUCAACACCAAGAAAAAUGGGCAACCUGAGCUAUCCGAGCCGUCACUGGCCAGUUUUACUUGUGCUACACCAAUCAGAAAUCGGCUACCUCGGUGCCAGAACCAACCCACAUCAUGCCGGACGGUUCCCGGUCCAGCUCUGGCCCAGAACCAUAUAUCUGUGUGAGUUGUGCCACUGAAUUUACUGGAGGCCUCAAGAAGUUGUAAAAGGAGUCCUCAUCACAGCAGGAGACCCCCCAAAUCCAAUCUUAUACCCCCAGUAGCUAGCUAGCUGCUAAACUAGCUAACUUAACAGGACAGGAAUCAAGAAGGAAACAGGCGAGGAGGACAUGACAUGCGACAGUGGUCAUGAGCCGGUUUCAAACCAAUGAUGUCGCGAGAACUUGGCACGUGCCUUAGCCCGCUGAGCUACCAGGGCACCACAGGAGAUGAGAUUUUAACAUAUUUAAGUUACAUCGGGAUCUUUUUUUUUUCUCUCCCCCCUCCGUCGUUGCUUCCUGUUUUGAAUGUUCAGUAAUCGUUUAACAACAGGAAGAUCAAACUUUAGCUAACUCAAAAGCAUACAGUUUUGGAAAGUGUAAACCAAAUAACCCGGAGGCUUAAAAAAAGAAAAAUCCAGACGCCGUCAGUGUCCCACCUGAGCUGGAUGUAAGGUUCUGGGCAGGCCAGUGUAAUUCUGUACUGCUGUUGUUUCUCUAUGGACUGUACUGUGAUACUGCCUUAGGAACCUAACGUCAUAACACCACAAUACUGCUUACUGAGGGAGAGGUGGAGAGGGAGGAGGAGGGGGAAGGAAGGAAACAUGAGAUGUCUUAAACGUAGGUACUGUUUAACUACAAACUUCUGUUCAGGUGCACCUGAAUUGAGAAAGAAAUGAGAUUGCAUAGCCUUAGGUUUUCUAUUUGACGCUAUAAUUUUUAUUUUUAUUUUUUAGGGCUACAAGUAAGGAUUUUUCUUAUCCAUUAAUGUGAUUAGAUUUUUCUUUCAAUCAAUUAAUCGUUUAGUUUAUGAAAUUACAGUUCCCUCCAAAUCCCUUGAUUUUACUUUUCAUCUAACAAUUUUAAAACCUAAAGAACUUUUGCUUUAUAAAAGAUUUAAACAAUUACUCAAAAUGAAAUACUAAUUGAUUUUAUCAUUAGAGCACUAAAACUUUUCCUUCUGUUUCUGCAUCUUGACUUUAAAGACUAGAGACUCAAAGGUAAUCUUAAAACACCUCUUGAUGGACUGAUGAUGUGUGGAAAAAAUGCACUCUCAUUUAUAAAAAAUUGCAAAAGUUAAUAUUAAUUUUUGUACCAGUACAGUUGUAUUGUGCCACUGUAGCACUGAUUGUCAUAUCAAAAACAGGCUCCUCUGUCUGUGCGCUUGGCCACCCAGCUUUAAGCUCUGCUAUAAUCCACAUGUGCACGAUCCAAUCCUCUGCUUCCUGCUAACAAACCAGUCAGCCGUAUUAUUGGGUCAAAAUGUGUCUAUCUGUUGUGUCUGUGCGUGUUGUGUGUGAGCGAGUGUAUGUUCACGUGUAUAUAAAUGUCCUUUAUGGUCACAGGGUUUUGUGUGUAUGUGUGCAUGCAUGUGAAAUGACAGAGGAAAUCCCUGAAAAGUAAAACUUAACAAAGCAGGGGGGGGGUACAAAGGAGGUGGCGGGCAAAAGAAAACGACAGGAGUGGUGUACAUGAGGAGGGGAGGGGAGGUAUGUUCAAGAGGACAAUCAUUCAGUGAUGUUACGCAGCGUUAGACGACUUCCUUUUCCCAUAUCUGCUAAACAAAUACAUUGUUUUUGUUCUGGACUUGAUUAAAACGGGGGAUUGAAUCUUAAAUGUUUCCUUGACUCCUCGCAUCCCCUGUUUCUCUUCCUCCCCCUCCUCCCAUCCACAUGCAAAUAUAUCUGUUCUUUAAAGCUGUCCACCCGCCUCCCUGCAGUGCCAGUGGUUGUGUCUGUAUCGCUAGUUUUUAAACCUUCGCCUCGCUAUGUGUGUUUGUGUGUUAGAUGGUUAUCCUGUAUGCCAACUUCCGCCAGUCUCUCUGCUAGAUAGUCACUACUGUCCCCACCUCUGUUCCAGUGCUGGUCUCACCCCGCCUCUAUCUCCACUAGCUUGCUGUGUCUUUUGUGAUACAACUAAACUUCCCUGCACUCUUGUUUUUUUUUUUUUAAAAAGCUGCUGCUCACCGUGCUUUCAGUAACGCUUCCUCCAUUCUCACUGCUGCUGCUGCCUUGUUUACCUUCACCGCAUCCGAUUCCUCCGCUAAACAUCUGGAUCGAGUUGCACCAGCUCUUCGUAAAUCUUUCACUAAGAUUGUGCAGAAAGUUCUCAAACUUGUGAUGUACUAAUUCGAGUUGCACCAUUAGAGCUUCAGAAAUGUCUGUGGCUUGUUUAAUCGGUAGCUGAGAAACAUCUGUUGCUUUAUCCAAUCAAACGCUAUGAAGACAGGAAGUCGCUGUACAUGAUGAGCUUUAACAUACUUUAACAUACAUAAAAUGAUGUUCUUAAAUUUUACAAAUAGCAGUAGGAUCUCACAAGAACACAAUAAUCUUCUGCAGAAGUUGGAACAGUUUGGGCUCUCUAUGCUUUUCUUUAAUUUUCUUUACUUUCACCAGAAUCGGAUUCUGACAGUUGGUGGUUUGUUUGGUCACUGUCAAUCAAAUCUGAUCAAACCACACCCUCCUCUAAGUCUUCAGCGUUGAGAUAAACUCUCAAUAAACUAUAGCUUAAUGUUUGUUUUUUUUAACUUUACAAAUAUGUGAAGUUAAUACUUAAGCUAACCUAAAUGACGUUAUUUGGUCUAUUGGCCAGAUGUUAUUGGCAUAGUGUUAAUACAUUUUUGUGAGUUACUGGCUGUAAAUAUUUAGAGACUAGUUUGUGUGGUGCAACUCGUUUAUGAUAAGUAGUCAGAGCUUACAAACAGCUGGUGCAACUGGCUGCUGGUUACUGAUGAACUAAUGAACAUGUUUGCCUUCGGGCCUGAUCAAGCAGGCUGUCUCAUUGUCACCCAAAAUAUUUCAUAUUUGUUUCACGUGAAGUGAUGACACAUUUACUUGACUUCCACAAUCCACCGCAACGGUAGUGCAACCUGAAAGACUUCAUGAUGGAGUUAGUAUCCCUUUGUGGGCUAUGUCGAAAUUCCUGUGGCAGAAAUAAAAAGUGGAAUAUAUCGAAACAAUUAGCCUACAUACAUAUCCAGCAGAAACAUGGGCAUCCCACUGGAGUUCUCGUGUCUACCUGUCAAAUGUGACGCCAGUGUUUCCUGUCAUUUUAUAACCAGUUUUCUCCACCAACUCCUGAGAAGAUUAUGCUGCUAAAUAUUCAGCUUUCAUUGGUCCCUUUUGUGCUGAGCAGGGAGCAGUUGAGCUACAUACAAUUUCAGGUAAUCUGGUACUUUUAGGUUCUUCAGAGUUGGGAUGUUAAUUUUCAUUGUUAACUCUUUCACAUUACAUUUAAUUCAAUGGCAGUGUAAAGAGUAUUUCUACGCUUUUAAGUCUGGUGUAAAGUGUGUGAUUAAUGCUUGUGAUUAAUACCCGACACAAAGUAAACUGAACACAGCAGCCAAGUGGCGAAGUAGUGAUUCAAACGAUAACCAAGCAGGACUCUAAAAUCUAAAUGUUUCACUCACAUUUAAGAACAACUUGUAAAAGCAGCAGUGAAACUUGUCCUGUGUGAUGAGGCCCUUCACCUCUCCCCUCCCACGUGGCUUUGCUUGAUGUUCUUCGUUGUCCACGCUUGCCUCCCCCCUCAUUUCACCCUACUCGCUGUACCUGUUGCGACCCCACUUCAUCAUCACCUCUUUGGUUACAAAAUGGCUGCCACUAAAAACUGCAACGGCACAACCGCCAGCGUCCGACCGUGCUCCCCUCCUCUCCUCCUGAUCGGCAGUUUCAUCUCCGCCAACUUGUUUUUCUGUCCUUGGUGGCCAAAACAAAAACGAGGAAAUGUAAUAUUCAUUGUUUGGUAACUGUUUUUAGUGCUAUGUUUUUGGAGCGUUACGAGUAUUUUCUAACAUGUUACAAUAAAAGAUUGUAGUGUACAAAUUCACAUUUAUAAUAUAUAUAUAUAGAUAUAUAUGAGAAAUGUAUGUUCUAAUGCAAUAAAGAGAGAUUAAGAAUUA